UAAAGGCCGCGUCCCCCCAGGCCGCACCCUCGCCCGGCGCAGGCGCGUUCCCUCCCGCCGCCCGGGGGCCGCCCCUCCCCGUACCUUCCCUCCUCGUUUGCGGGCGCGACGGCUUUCAUUCGCCCGCGACUUGUCGCUCGGGUGACGUCACGGGCCCGGGCCCUCCUCAUUGGCCCAUUUCAAUAGUCGCGGGAUACUUGAACUGCAGGAACAGCCGCGUCCCCGGCGGGCUGCUGGCUGAGUCUGGGUGAUCUUGUUCCUCCGCGCCCGGCGCCGCCUGCUCCUUUCGCGGCCUCGCCGGUUCUCAGCGAUCCCGGGCGGGCGGGCUGGCCCGGGCUGCGGCGGGCGGCUACGACUGGAGCGCUGCUCGGCGCGGCCGGUCGGCGGGACCGAGUGCACGCUGCUUGGCGCCGCAGGGUCAUCCCGCCCUGCCCUCGGGAGCGGGGAUUUUAGGCAGCUCUGCGGCCCGCGAGGCGGGCUCAGCGCCGUUCAAAAUGCAGCCGACAGCACCCCAAGAGGACCAGGAGAACAUCAACCCCGAGAAGGCGUCGCCCGCUCAGCAGCCCCGGACCCGGGCGGGGCUGGCGGUCCUGAAGGCCGGGAACCAGCGGGGUCCAGCGCCGCCGCAAAGGCCCAAGACGCGACGAGUAAGAAGACGAGCGGGUGCACCCCUUAAGGAUCUUAAUGUAAACGAUGAGCAUGUCGUCGCCCCUCCCUGGAACGCAAACAGUAAACAGCCUGCAUUUACCAUCCAUGUGGACGAAGGAGAAGAGACUCAGAAAAGGCCAGGUGAAUCCAAAAGAACAGAAUGUGACGAUGUCCUGGCGCUUAAUUCAGCUAUUGGUUUACCUGAACCGAGAAAACCACUGGUACCUCUUGAUUAUCCAAUGGAUGGAAGUUUUGAGUCACCGCAGACCAUGGACAUGUCGAUCAUAUUGGAGGAUGAGAAGCCAGUGAACGUCAACGAGGUCCCAGACUACCACGAGGACAUCCACACCUACCUUAGGGAAAUGGAGGUUAAAUGCAAGCCUAAAGUGGGUUACAUGAAGAAACAGCCAGACAUCACCAACAGCAUGCGGGCCAUCCUCGUGGACUGGUUAGUUGAAGUAGGAGAGGAAUAUAAGCUACAGAAUGAGACCCUGUACUUGGCUGUGAACUACAUCGAUAGGUUCCUUUCAUCCAUGUCUGUGUUGAGAGGAAAACUUCAGCUUGUGGGCACUGCUGCUAUGCUGUUAGCCUCGAAGUUUGAAGAAAUUUACCCCCCAGAAGUAGCCGAGUUUGUGUACAUUACAGACGACACCUACACCAAGAAGCAGGUUCUCAGAAUGGAGCACCUGGUCCUCAAAGUCCUCGCAUUCGACUUAGCGGCCCCGACCGUCAAUCAGUUCCUCACCCAGUACUUUCUGCACCAGCAGCCGGCAAACUGCAAAGUGGAAAGCUUAGCAAUGUUCCUGGGGGAGCUGAGUCUGAUCGACGCGGACCCGUACCUCAAGUACUUGCCCUCGGUUAUCGCGGGAGCGGCCUUCCACCUAGCACUCCACACGGUCACGGGGCAGAGCUGGCCCGACUCCUUGGUGCAGCAGACGGGGUACACCCUGGAGAGCCUGAAGCCCUGCCUCCUGGACCUGCACCAGACCUACCUCAGGGCCCCGCAGCACGCCCAGCAGUCGGUCCGAGAGAAGUACAAGCACCCCAAGUACCACGGCGUUUCCCUCCUCGCCCCGCCAGAGACACUACAGGUGUGACGGGCGGCCGCCCGCUCCCGGCUCCCAGACGGGACUCCCCCGAGGACAGGGCGUGGCUUUUACGUUAGGUCUUUACAAUCACUUCUGAACGCGACACAGGUUAUUCUCAAUACAAAUUAUGCUAUUUUAAGGUGGUUUUAAUUUGUAUAUCUUUUGUACAUGUAACUGUCUUAGAUACGUGGCCAAUUUUAGGUGGUUUUGUUAAAGUAUUAACGAUGCCAGCCGUCAGGAUAAGACUAAGAAUUAAUAAAUCGAUUUAGAAAACUUG